CCGACUGCCUGGAAACGCGCCGACAUGCCUCGGUUCACCUCUGCUUCGCAGCUUCGUCGGCGGUCGGUUUCCUUGACGCGACUUCCUCCGCCUGCACAUUCGCGGUGUCUGCAGUACGCUUGCAUCUAAACAGCUAUCGGCAGCGUUGUGCACGGCGACAGGAACGUUUUCGCUGUCGGCACUUCCGGGGAAAUUCGAAUCAGCGGGAGACACUCUGCACCCACUCAUCCACAGUUUUCUCAGUUCGACUGAUCGAGUCGGAGUUCCCGUAGCGACAGCAAGGACAGAGGCAGCGCCGCUCCUCGUUCCAUCGCAUGCCGACACUGUCGACUUUUCUGGAAGACACCGUCAAUAAACUUCGCAGACAGUCCUUUCUUCAACGCAUUCUUGCUCCAGCGUGGCGCUUGGCUUUCCGAAAGAGAGACUGCCUGCCUAUGGAUGAGCUGUGUCUCGGGGAUCGACAGCGACUCCAUGCGCCGGACACACGCGCGUGGGCCUGAACUUGCACAUUUUACCGUGGGCCACACAUGAGCAGAUGUUCUUUUUGUCGCUGUACGUUCACCGAACUGUUCACAGCCACCCAUGCAGUGAAUGAAAGUGCGGUUGCGCGUCUCUGUGAAAGGCGAACGGUCCUCCUAGGGAACGGCAGGCGCCCCGCUCGUGCGCCUCCCCGUUAAUGCUUUUAGGUCCGUACACAUGGGAACUCAGGCGACGUGAAAAACGGUGGAACAUUUCCUGUGUUUGUUCGCGUCUGCAGACACACACGCAGACACCCGGACAGGAUGCUGCGGGAGUUUCUCCAGCAUCAUGCAUAGAAAUACUCGUGGAGAGACGGUCCUUUCCCUCUUCUUGUCUUCCCCGGUGACGUUGUCUCGCGGCGCUCCUAUCUCCGUUGUUUCACAGGACCUCCUGGAUCCACUUGUUCCGAUCGUCUGCGCUUGCAUCUGUACAUGGAGAGGAAGGGAGAGGCGCCCAUGCCGACGGUUCUUCUCUCUCCCGCGUCCAUCUCAUGUGAAGAAACUUGGUCUCUGCGUCAAGGCAGUGAAACCCUUGCGAGCCGGUGCUGCAUGCAGAAUUGCGCAAAAAAAAAGCCAGUUUUACAGCUCUGUCUUUUAGAUGCCGUCUUCUGCACCUCUGUAGCUUCUGCUUCCCUGUUUUGGCAGCGCUGCCGUCGAAGGCCUUGCUGCCUACCGUUUUUUGCUGAGUCUGCCAAAGACACUUUGCGUUCGCCGCCUUGUCCCUCUCUUUGGUCGUCUUCCUUCUCCUUCACAUUUCUAUUCCGCUCUUCUUUCUUUCCAUCCACCCUCCUGUCUGCUUAGCUUCGAGGGAAUCCUCUUUCUCUCGCUGGCUCUGCCCUCUCUGUCUUCACGUGUCUUCACCUACGACGCCUCGCCUGCCUUUGCGUCGCGAGUUUCCCUGUCUGUUUUCUCCGUCCUUUGACUUUAUCGUCCUUCUGUGUCUUCAGCUCUGCCUGUCUCCGAACUUUUCCCCUGCGCUGCUUCGCAGCUUCGCAUCUUCUCUCCAAUCGAAAGCUGGCCGUCUUGGCUUCUCUUCUCGCCUGUCUCGUCUGCAUUUUUCUAGCUUGCGAACCCGAUGCAGACUGCGUUUGCCGUAGAUCCGUCGCGCUGUUGAUUUCUCUUAUUCCUGAUCUUCCCUUCUUCCUUUUCCUCUCUCUCUCUCCUUUGUCCUCUCGUUCUUCGUUUCCCUCUGUUCUCUGCGCCAGCCACUUUGUCGGCAGACUUGGGCUCAAAGCUGUCUCUGGUUGGAGGAACCUCGUCCUCGGAGAUGGCUGAGACGCGCUUCCCUGGUGAGAAUCCCUCGCCCCCAGUGCGGGAGGUUGGCUCUGCGUCUUCGCUGGCUGCGCCGGCGGAGUCGGCACCGAGUAUCGGCGCAGGGAACCUCGCGCCGCCUUCUGCCGUGCUGGCUGCUGUCUCCGGCGCUGGCGAUCACUCACCGUCGGCAGAGCCUGGUGCGACUGCAUGCACGCCGGCAUGCGCGCCGCCUUCGUGCUCGCCGGUGAGUGGGAUAUCUGAGUCUGCGUCUUCGUUUUCUGCCGCCGUUUCCGCGCCCGCGGAUGCGGGAGGAGCGUCUCGGAUCAGUGUCCUGACAGCGGAGCACUUGGGUCGAGGCGAAAGAGAAAAAGGCCUUUCGGGGAGUUUGCAAAAGGGACAACAGGCCGGAGUGUCCCCGACCUCGGGGGUAGGCUUUCUGGAAGGCUCCUCGCCUGCCCCGCGCCCUGCAGGCUUCAACUUCCCCUCUCGCGGGUCGGCGCAGUUUGCUCGGAAUGUCCUGAAGGCCUUCGACAACGACAGAGAGGAGACACACGCAAACGAGGCCGAACUCGAGUUGAUGCGCUACCUGAAAGAAGGCGGAAAGAGGGCCAAAGUUCUCUUCAUCUUCAUCAACCCAACAAGUGGAGGAAACAAAGCCGCCGCUUUCACAGAGUCUGGAGUGUGUCGGCUGACGAUGACCUCGCCUUUUCCCUGCAACAUCUACAUUUUCGACAUUCGCGAAGGCAUCUCGGGGAACAAGCCAGGCUUCCGCUUGUUGAGGGCCGCGACAGAAGUUGCUUUCUCCCGCGAGAGCUCCCUGGAGGCAGGCGCGUCCCCGGCAAGUGUCUCCUCCGCAUCUCUGCAUGCAGAGGCCGGCGCGGGUUCGAAGGCCGAAGCAGGAAAAACCGACCCAGACGGCGUCCCGACCGCCGGAGAAGACCAAAGAAAACGAGGAGCAGGAGAGAGAGGAGAGAGAGAAGAUAAAGGAGACAGAGAGAGAGAAGAGAAAGGAGAGAUCCAGGAUGACAACGUGAUCCGUGUUCUCGUUGCUGGAGGCGAUGGGACGGUCAUGUGGUGCGCCGCAGAGGCAGAUGCUCAUCGAAUCGAUCCAAUGAAAAUCGCUUUCGGAGUCAUUCCUUAUGGAACAGGCAACGACUUCGCGAACGCCUUUGGGUGGAAAGAAUGGAGAGGCUUGCGCCCUUUCGAUGGAGCGAUGAAAACGAUGAGGAGGCUUUUGAGUAGGUGGAGUCAGGCUCGCGUCGUCCAUCACGAUCUGUGGAGCGUGAAUGUCGUCCUCAAGGACGACGGGGAGUUCACCAAAAUCAAUUCUGAGACAAGAAAGAAGCAAGUCUUGCAGGACAGCACAGGACGGCGAGUGCAGAAGAUGACUUUCGUCAUGAGCAAUUACUUCAGCAUGGGAGUUGAAAGUCGAAUUGGCAGAGGCUUCGACCGACACCGCAGACAGUCUCAGCUCCUCAACAAGAUGACCUACGGGAUCGAAGGCGUCAAGAAAGCAUGGUUCAAACGCACUUUGACUAUCGACAACAUCGUCGACGGUCUGCUUGAGUCCCCUGGGGAGCCGGAUGAGCGCGUCGUUUUUCGCACCAAGGACAGUACCUUGCCAGACGGACCCAUUCUCAAAAAGUCUGUUUCGUUGAUUGCACUAAACAUUCCUAGUUUUAGUGCGGGAAACGACAUCUGGGCCACCUCCCACAGCGUCGGAAUCCUCACCAAGUCGACAAGCCUGAACCGCGAACUUAGAACAAUUGCUCAGGAGAAACAGUUGACCGGAGACCGCGAACUCGAGUUUCUUUCUUUCCCCUCCGUCACGUCGAUGGGUGUCGAAUUUGCCUGUCACGGCCGAGCGCGUCGGAUAAAUCAAGGUCGCGGUCCCUGGAAGAUUCUUUUCAAGGACUUGUCUGCCCAUGCCAAAGUUUACUUCCAGGUCGACGGCGAAUUUUUCCAGAUGGCGCGCCCCGACUUUGUGACGAUCGAACACAACCGGACGGUCCAAGUGCUGGCAGCGCCUUGCGACAAACACUUGCAUGCGUGAAAAUUGAGAAACUCGGCGGUUGCUCGAGGGCAGUCAGGGGAGAACCUGUAAAUCUAUUUUUGCCCGUGUCUCUCGCGGGGUCCGCCUCUGACUCCCCAAGGUUCUUUGAGAGGACAGAAGACGCCUGCGUCGAGGAGAGAGAUACAAGCGCCUCCCUGCUUGGACCGAGAAAUGAUUUCAAGUAUUUCCCCUCUCGUUUUCCGUCCCUGUGCAUGUAACUUCGGAGGCCGACGGGUGCCAGCUGCGGCGCCUGCUUCGGUCGUUUGUUUUUGGAGGGGCGAGGACAAAGAGAGGCGAGAACAACCACGAGAACAAGACAGACAGAGAGGGGAGAAGACGGAGAGAAAGGAGGAAAGGAACAGGAGAAAUGCCGAACGAGGAAGGAAGCUGGAAACGAGAAGAAGAGGAAGACAGGGACGACGUCUCGCGGGUGUAUUCAAACGGGAGAAUGUCUCUAAGCGCCUCUGCGGACGCAGCGCCUCGACCUCCGGGGAGGCUCAACACGGUCUGUCAGAAAACGCCCCCGAAAACGCUUUCCAGAAUCCACGUUCACUCGCUCCGUUGAACAUAAGGAUUACUUCUUCCCCUUUCGAUCGCACUGAAGACGGUUCUUCCUAGACACAGGCCUCUAAAGACUUCCUUUCGAAAGAGACACACAUACCUGUAUAUCGAUAUGUAUCUGUUUAUAUAGAUUUAUGUAGCUACCUCUGUAUAUACCUAUACAUCGAUGUAAAUGUGUAUAUCUAUCCCUAUAUAUCUAUAUACAUCUCUAUAUAUCUCUCUCUAUAUAGAUA